CACUACAUAUCCCUCCACCCAUCACAAGAUUAUCUGCUAUAUAGCUAGUCACUGCAGUCACUAGCACAAUUCACGCAAGCGAUUAGUGUUGAAAAAUGGCUUCCAAAAGCACAGCUUCACUUGCACUCUUUUUUGCACUCAACCUUCUCUUCUUUUCUCUGGUGUCUGCAUGUGGUGGGGGCUGCCCUUCUCCUAAGCCAAAACCUCCAUCACCAAAGCCAAAACCUCCAUCACCAAAGCCAAAACCAACUCCACCAUCAUGUGGUGGGGGCUGCCCUUCUCCUGAGCCAAAACCAACUCCACCAUCAUGUGGUGGGGGCUGUCCUCCUAAGCCAACACCUCCAUCACCAAAGCCAACACCAACUCCGUCACCUCCAGGAAAAUGCCCUAGGGAUGCACUUAAAUUAGGCGUAUGUGCUAAAGUGCUGGGUUCAUUGCUCAAUAUCACCAUUGGAAAACCUCCAGUAAAACCUUGUUGCUCUCUCAUCCAAGACCUUGUCGAUCUUGAAGCUGCUGUUUGCUUGUGCACAGCCAUCAAAGCUAACGUCUUGGGCCUCAACCUUAACGUUCCACUUUCACUGAGCUUGCUUCUCAAUGUCUGUAGCAAGAAGGUUCCAUCUGGAUUCCAAUGCGAAUAAAGACAUAGAUUUCUCUUAUCUGGAGCUAGUUUCUGUGAGUUUUAUAAGUUGCUGAUGAGCUACCAAAGUAUUGCUUAAAAUAAUUUGUGUCUGUUAUGUAAGUUUGUAUGCGUUCGCUUCUUGGGCAUGUUUGCUCAAUUAGUAUAGUCCUUCAAUAAUGUUGAAGCGUUUUUAUAGUAAAUUAAUGAAAUAUCACUUCUCUUUUUUUCUUUUUAC